AUGAAUCAAGAGCGAAUGGACGCUAAUAUUCUGCUGUGUGGAGCAGCACGCGUUGGAAAAACUAGUCUUAUCAAUGCCAUUUGUCAGCAGCAACUGGUUAAGAGUAGUGCUGCUCUGGACUGUUGUACUCGAAAGUUAAAAAAGUACCAAGUGGAAUAUACGGAACAUGGUCACUCACAUCGAACUAUCUUCUGGGACUUGCCUGGUGUUGAAUCGUGGAAUGAAACUGAUGUACGUGAUCAAGUGACGAAAUUAAUUAUGGCAACGAAACCGUUAUGCAUGAUCUAUUGCGCAUCACCAGGCUCUUUUGCCAAGUUGGGACAUGUUAAAUGGCUAGUGUCGGAAUGCGCUGGUCACAAUAUAUUUUGUGCCCUGGUUUGUACGAAUAUGUGGGCCGGCAAGACUCGUCAAGUUAUUCUCAUUGAAUUUCGUGAUAUUCUUCAGAAAAUUCACCAAGAUGUCCAACCUCUUAAAGUAAAUAACGCAAUCUAUUUUGAUCGCUUUGGGCUAUGUACUAUGGUGAAUAGUGAAACAUAUGUAGAUGAUGAUAUUGGUAUUCGAAAAGAUCCAUCGGGUAUCAACGAACUCAUUUUCGGUAUCGCUAAAUCCCUUGAUCUCGAACGUAGAUCUACAUGGUUUCAAGUAGUUGCUCAAAAUCAAUCAUUUUCCUCUCAAAUGACUGUUGAAUUCAGUGAUUUGUCGAACGUAUCAGUUGAAACAGAAAUGACGAAAAACACAACUAAGAGCGAUGGGCAACGUUGCGAUACUAAAUUUUCCGAUUUUGGGAUGGAAUCCAGUGAAAUAUCGGGUUUGUCCACAUGGGACUUCAAUACUUCGCAAUUUUCAUCAAGUUCGCCGAGUUCUGCAGAUCCACAAACAAUUGCCAACAAUAAAACACAAGAUAACUCGUCAACACGGGCGAACGGAAAUGAUACAAAUUCACAGAGUCCAGAAUCAUCAUCAAAUGAAACUGCAUCAUCAGAGAAACUAUCAGGUGUGGAGAUAUCGAAAACGGAACCAAAUCAUAAUUCACUCUCGCACACUGAUGAUUCCAAAAACACUCAUCAGCACUUGGAUUACGCCGCUCUUACCCAAGAUCUUUUUACUUGA